UUGACAGGAUCAAUUUUGACAAUCAUCAUUGAAUUUCCUGUUGUGUCAAAUUGUAUGGGAAACUUGUAGCUCAAUUUGAUUGUUGAUUUUAAGGAAGAAAGUGAAAUAAAUUCAAUUUAUAUAUAUCCAACCUCUAGCUGCCAGCUUGUUAUUCAAAAUGAUGGACUGUGUGGAAGAAACCAACCAUGAUCCCCUGUCAGCUCCGGUGGCUCAGACCCCUGGCUCCGUAGACCCCAAGCUGGAUAAGAAGAAACCUAACGAAAAUGUCAGCUUGGCUGACAAUAGCUUGUUGGUAGACAUAUCAGACGCUCUAAGCGAGAAAGAAAAAGUGAAGUUUACAGUGCACACGAAGACCACACUGCCGGAGUUUCAGAAGUCUGAGUUUAUAGUUGUACGGCAACAUGAGGAGUUUGUGUGGUUACACGAUAGAUAUGAAGAGAACGAGGAGUAUGCGGGGUAUAUUAUCCCACCAGCGCCCCCUAGGCCGGACUUCGACGCAUCUCGCGAGAAGUUGCAACGGCUCGGUGAGGGAGAGGGAGCACUCACGAGGGAGGAGUUCCUCAAAAUGAAGGAGGAAUUGGAAGACGAAUACCUAGCCACCUUCAAGAAGACGGUGGCCAUGCAUGAAGUAUUCCUGCAGCGCCUGGCCGCUCAUCCAGUGUUCAGGAACGACUCCCAUCUCCGAGUCUUCCUGGAGUAUGAACAGGAUCUCUGUGCUAAACCAAGAGGGAAGAUGGAUCUGAUUGGAGGAUUGAUGCGGUCGAUGACGACCACAACAGACGAGAUAUACCUCGGUGCCACCGUCAGAGAUGUCAACGAUUUCUUCGAACAAGAGACCACAUUCCUACAGGAAUACUAUUCUCAUCUUAAGGAAGCUGUUGCCAAGGUCGAUCGCAUGACUACUAAGCAUAAAGGUAAAGUCAAAUCAGAACAAAAACACAGUACUUACAAUACUCGUCGCCAAAUGUACUGUUUGUGCACUUUGGUUGAUAUCGGCUCACUGCCUAACUCGCCGCACGCGCGUCCGUCCAGCUUCGUGGCUCCAAGCAAAGUGAGUGAGGGAGGGGGUGUGCCCCGCUCCCCCACUAUACUAUAG